CAGACAUCCAAGAGUGCAACAUUCUAUCGGCGGUUCGCGCUCAUGUGGCGCCCUAUGCUGCAUGCUGUUGUGCUGGCAGUGCUGCUUUGGCCCGCAGCGAGUGCUGGGCAGCCACAGUUGGCAGAGGCUUGGCGGCCCCGGCCGCUGGAUGUCAAUGCACCCGUGCUGCAGGAGCCUACUGUCCAGCAGUAUUGGCACUUCCUCCAGAAUUACACCGAGGUGCCGCUGAAGAGCUUCGAUCAGGCGAACGCCCCGCCGGUACUGCGGGUCACCAACCUGGAUGAUGCCACCUUUCAGCAGUUGGUGCGGGACGGUGUGCCCUUUGUGGUGGACGACUGCACCAGGGGCUUCGAUGAAGAUGCCAUCAGCGAGUUCGAAUGCAAAGACUUUGCGGAUAGAUGGCCUUCGGGCAACAUGAGGGCCGAGUACACGCCUGGUCAGUACCACAUCUAUCUUAAGGAGCCGGACUGGUAUACCAACAUUUACCCCCAGCGGAGCAAUGACGAGCACAUGGCCGGAUCGCGGAAGAUUGCAGGACCAUACAUUUGGCAUGUCAAAGAUGAAGAGCCGCUGAAGACCAAGCGAUCUGUGCAGAAGCAUUGGCGAACACCGUACUUCCUUGAGAAGAGCUUGGCCAACCGAGUGGAAGCCAACGAGUCUUUCGAGUUUUGGUUCUCCUUGGCCGGAGGGGGUACCUUCAGCCAUGCAGAUGCCUACUGCGAGACAACCAUCUCUAUGCAGUUCAAAGGGACCAAGCGCUGGCGCAUCCAAGCCUUUCCGGAGAUCCGGCACUACUUCAACGCCAGCGCCUUCGGCGAUGAGCAAAUCUACAAUGGCAAGCAGCACGUCCGCUGGACCCCAGAGACGGAGUUUAACGUGGGCCCCGGCCAGUGCUUCAUUUUCCCUACGGGCUACAUCCAUGAAACUUUUGUGGACCCGGACAGAAACGACCACAAGUGCUACACUGCCUCCACCUUCCAGUUCAAUCAUCCCAGACAAGUGAACCUGUACCGCUCCUACAUGAGCCGCUUCUCCAUGUCCCACUAUGGCAUGGGAGAGCCAUGCUUAGACAAGAUCGAGUCCUACGCUACGCUCUUGCAAGACAAAUCCAGGUUCACAGCUCCGCCAGACAAGCAGAACAUGCUUCGAGAGGCAGAGCGAGUGAUGCAGAUGGUGGAUUCCAACGGCGAUGGGCAGAUCGUGGCAUCAGAGCUGUAUGAUGCCUUUGCAGCCAAGAAGAAAGCGACCCGGAAGGAAAUUCUUGACCGCGGCGACUUCAGGUACAACUGGCGGAGCAUGUUGACCGCCAAGCAGAAGGAAGAGCUCACGGAAGAAUCUAUGCGUGUAUGGGUUGAGGAUGCGCUGCAGUACCACGACGUGAGCCGCGAUGGGCAAGUGACUUUGGAGGAGCUCGCGUACAACUUCCUUCACUGGAAUGUGGUGCGUUCGCGACAACUGGCGCUGCGGAAGAUUAGGGAGAAGAAGCCGGAAGCGUGGGUCCAAAAGGCCCUGGAAAUCGAGAAGGACUAUCUCAGGAGAUUCUUUUGCGAGGAUCCGGCUUGCCCUGCACUGGCCGAGCUUGAGAGAUAUGGCGAGCAUAUGAAGUCCUCCAAGAAGGCUGCCAAGGCAGCCUUCCGGAAAGUCCGCGGCAUGUUUGAAGGUGAAGAGGGGGACGAGGUGCUCACGAUGGUGGACCGCACAUCCGGCAACCAAGAAGCCAAGCGGGUGUCGGAGCUCAAAAGUGAGUUGUAGAUCGGCCGUGUGCGCAUUGGCUGGGGCGUGCGCGAUAAGC